AUGGUCACUGAACCCGAAUACGAUGUUCCCACCGCCACGGCCGGCAUCUUCGCCGACCUGCUCGCGGACGAGCGUCUGCGCCUUCCCAAGGCCGUAGUUGACGCUGCCAACGUCGAGUUCGAAGGCGCCGCGCUCCCUUACCUCUGCGUGCCCUUCAAGUUCACAGAGGCGAUCAGCGCGAUCAAGGGCCUCGAGGCGGCGUUCGCCUCCGCCAUCGCCGCCUCGCGCUUCGGCACCACCCCAUCCCAAGCGAUCAUUAACACGGACCAUGCAGCCCUCUUCGUCUUCAGCGCGUUCUCGACCACAAUCAACGGCAUGGUAGCGCUUGACCCGCGCCUCAAGGGCAAGUUUGACGACUGGGACAAAGCCGACAGCCACAAAUACCGGUAUCGAGGUCUCGCGACCAACAUCUACCGUACGCGUGACGGGCGCUUCUUCCACCUCCACGGUUCGCUGAAUGCGCGCGCCAGCAUGACCAUGGUUGGGCUUGACUGGGACGACCCCGCGCGCCUACAGCUCACGGACCGCGAGGACAUCGUGCCUCUCUACCAGGCCGAGGUGGAGAAGUGGGAUGCGAAGGAGAUCGACCGCGUCGCCAACGACGAGUACAAACAAGCGGGCAGCAUUUGCUACACGUACGACGAGUUCAAAGAGCUUCCGGCCGGCAAGGCAAUCAUCGACGUGCCGGUGUACGAGCUUGACAAGGCCGCGGACGGCCCCGUCGUCCCCUGGCCCGAGGCGACGGAAAACAAGCCCCUCAGCGGAAUCAAGGUGCUCGAGCUUACGCGCAUCAUUGCCUCGCCCGCCAUCGGCAAGGGCCUCGCCGAGCAUGGCGCGACCGUGCUCCGCAUCGUUAGCUCUACCCUUCCCGACAUGCACGUCCUCCACCCCGACCUCAACCAGGGCAAGUACGUUGCCGACCUGGACCUGAAGAGCGAGGCCGGCAAGGCCAAGCUGCGCGAGCUGAUCAAGGACGCCGACGUGAUCAUCGACGGUUACCGGCCUGGAGCAGUGGAGCGCCUCGGUUUCGGCCGCGACGCCGUGCGCAAGAUCAACCCCUCCAUCAUCUACGUUCGCGAGAGCUGCUAUGGCUUCCACGGCCCCUGGUCGCACCGCAGUGGGUGGCAGCAGAUUGCCGACUGCCUCGUGGGCCUCUCGCAUGCCUUCGGCGAGAAGCUCGGCCUGCCCGACGGCGAGAGUGUCGUACCCAUCUUCCCUAACUCAGACUACGGUGCGGGAGCGAGCGCCCUCCUCGGAACUCUCAAUGCACUCUACCGUCGUGCCACCGAGGGUGGGGUCUGGAACGUCGACGCUGCGCUCGCGUACUACGACGUCUGGCUCAUGCGGCUUGGCUUCUACCCCGACGCCGUGUGGGACAAGAUCCGUCCUGCGUCCAAGCUUCGUCACAACUGGGAGAUGACGACACUGCUCCCUGCCAUUAUCCCCGAGCUGCAUGCGCGCCGGCCCGACGUGUUUUCAAAUCCCAAGUUUUGGCACGAACUGCCGGCCCCGAGCUAUGGCGAGGGUGCUGUUGUGCGCACGGUUCGCCCGGUCGUCAAGCUCGAGGGCGUCACUAUUGGCGUCGGCCGUGGGCCAGGACAACGCUGGCCAGUGGCAGCGACAAACGAGAGCAUGUGCCCCUCAUAG